AUGAAUGAACCGCUCAGAUGCUCGUGUCCGGCCGACAGAUACGGACGCCAUUGCGACUUCUUCAACUCCUGCUCCAGCACACCAUGCCUCGCCACUAGGAACUGCUCACUAAUUGAUCCAUCGUACACUUGCCCAUGUACAAUCAACAGUGGCAACAGCAGGUGUGAAACCUUUGCAACUCCGUGUCCUUCAACUUCCAACAUUUGUUCCAACCAGGGAUCUUGCUACAUAAAUGCAUCCUCCUUGUCAUCCUACUGCGUUUGUUCGCCCGGAUUCUCAGGUGUAAGCUGUAAUGUUGUUGUGGAUCCAUGCUCAUCGAAUCCAUGUUUGAAUGGGGGCCAGUGCAAAGGUGUGGAUAGAAAGGUCGACCCAACUGGACGCACCUGCUUUUGUACGGUUGGAUUCGUCGGAGAGACGUGUCAGUUGAGUGUGCAAUCCGUCUGUGCUAGUAACCCUUGCCAGUUUAAUUCCAUUUGUUCGGGAUUGUACGAUCCCGUGGCAAAAAAUUUAUCGUAUAACUGCACGUGCGGACAGUACUUGGAAGGAAUGAAUUGUGGGAAUUGUACAUAUUGUUUGAAUGGUGGCAAGUGUUACGUUGAAGCUGGUCAGUUGAAAUGUAGCUGUUCAUCUGCUGGUAAGUUUGGAGUGAGGUGCAAUGAAACUGAUCCGUGUGCUUCUGCUCCAUGCCCGGCUGGAAGUAUAUGCCAGUCAUCAGCUGAUGGUCGUUAUGCUUGCUCCAACAAUGUACCAUUGGCAGCCGUAACAUCGACAUCAAAACAACAGAACAGAAGCAGUAGUAGCUGCAACAACAACAUCACAAGCCGCAAUUGUAGCAGCCGCAACAAAAAUGACAACAGUAGUUACGACAACAACGACAAAAACGGCGGCCGCUAUACCAACAACAACAACUAA